CGCCGUCGCCGUCCCGGCCGCUGGCGGGAAGAGGGGGAGACAUUUUAGCUAUUAGCUGGCUAGGUCUCUUUAUCUUUGGCCAUGGCCUCGCCACCGCACGCGGUGAUUGUGGGAGCCGGACCUGCGGGCUGUCUGACGGCAAUCUACUGCAUCAGGCGAGGGUUCCACGUCCAUCUGUUCGACAAGAGGACGCCACCUGCAACAGCAGACAGAUAUGUUGGAAGCGAUUCCCGCUCCUACACAAUGCUACUUACCUGCCGGGCCAUUGAGGCGCUCCAGGCAGCACAAGUGCAAGUGCCCAGCUCGCUCAUGGGGCCACUCGUAGGAGGCUGUGUGCAUCUGCCCAACAAGAAGACGAGAGUGUUCACCUAUACGAACGGGAACAGUGCCAGCUACGGUAUAAGCCGGAACGGACUUGUGUGGUACCUCCAGCGCGUGCUCCUCCAAAGAUAUGCGAGCCAUGUCUCGACCCACUUUGAAUAUGAGCUGGCCAAGAUAGACGAUGACAAGUGCGUGGCAGUGUUCCAAUCCACUCGCGAAGGUGGCGACAGCAUACAGGUGGAGUAUGGCCUACUCGUCGGGGCUGAUGGAGUUUCGAGCAAGACCCGGAGCGAGAUGUUGAGGCUGGAGGAGACUCGACCAGAGACUCCCUCGCUGACUUUCAAGUAUACCCGCAAUCCUGAAAGCUACAAGUCGUUCUACGUCUCUCCCGCACUGGCAAAGUCUUCUCCACUCUAUGUCCAUCACAGUUACGUCCAGAGCUGGCCAGCUCUCAACAUGUUGCUGGUUGGCAUGGCAGACGGCAGCUUUUGGGGGGGCUCCAAAAAUUCGGAGCUUCUAAACGCAACCAGCGGCGCUGCUGUUGAGCGUAUCUUCAGGUAAAGUCCAUUGGCAACUCCCUUGUCAUGGCUCUGUUGUAUGUAUACACAGGGAAACAGCUCCCGAGGUGUAUGAUUUACUCUGUCAGCAAAACUCCGACUUUAGUGAGGAUUACGCAAA